CCCAUGGAGUGCUACUACAUUGUCAUCAGCUCCGCGCAUCUCAGCAACGGGCACUUUCGCAACAUCAAGGGAGUUUUCCGCGGCCCCCUCAGCAAGAACGGGAACAAAACUCUGGAUUAUGCUGAAAAGAAAAACACGAUAGCAAAAGCUCUGGAAGACCUCAAGGCCAACUUCUACUGCGAGCUCUGUGACAAGCAGUACUACAAACACCAGGAGUUUGACAACCACAUCAACUCUUAUGAUCAUGCUCACAAACAGAGGCUGAAGGAGCUGAAGCAGAGGGAGUUUGCUCGAAAUGUGGCAUCCAAGUCACGAAAAGAUGAAAGGAAACAGGAGAAAGCCCUUCAACGUUUGCACAAGCUAGCUGAGCUAAGGAAGGAGAGAACCUGCGCUCCUGGAAGCGGCCCCAUGUUCAAAUCCACCACGGUGACCGUGCGAGAUGACUGCAGGGGGGUCCCCAAGGCUGCUGCCACAGACUCUGCCCGGGGCCAGGAUUUCAGCUGCCCGCUGCUGCCCGCUGCACAGAGCUGCAGGGACAUUGCUUCUGUGAUUCCUCCCGCUCCUGGCGAUGCAGGCAGCCACCAACCCGACCCGAGCAAGUGCGGAGAUCCGCUCCAGGGAGCUCAGGGACACAGGGUUGGCUUCUCCUUUGCUUUUCCUAAGAAAGCAGCAGUCAAACUGGAGUCUUCAGCUGCUGUUUUCUACGAGUUUAACGAGGAGGCCUCUGCGGAGCACGGGUGCAGCAGGAGGAGUAGGUUUGUUCCGGGAACGUGCAGCCUCCAGCCGCCUCCGGCAGCAGAAAUAGUGGUGUGCCCUGAGGAGAGGCACUGCUGCUCUCAGCCGCUGGUGGAGAAAUGCACGGACACGGCAGAGGCUCCUGGAGCUCAGGAGUCCAAGGAGCCACCCGGCGAGGGGGGCAGGGGGCUGGGGAGCCCAGCUGUGCCCCCUGCCAUGCCCCCCGCCCCGGACACGGAUGGCCGCGGUGGGGCUGAGAGCGUGGCCCAGCCGGGGGACCCAGGGCUGGCCCCGGCUGCAGGCAGUGCCCAGGGCCUGCCCCUGUCCCCAGAGCUGCAGGCCAGCAGAGCUCCUGAGCAGGAGCUGAUGGGGGAUUGCUCCUCUCGGCUCCAGGCUGCGGAGGAAAACUGCGGUGAUGGGAACAGGGAGCCGCCCGCCACCGAGAGGGAAAUAAAACACCUGGGGGCUGACGCAGCAGUUCCAUCACCGACUGAAGAAGGCAGUGGAGCCCCAAAGAGCAAAGCAGACGUGUACAAGAGGCCCUGUCAGCCCUUUGUUCCUGUUCUCAGCAAAUAUGGAUCAAAUGUUCUUCAGUGGCCAUCAGAAAUGUUGAUUUACACAAGUACAGGCCCAUCGAUUUCUUAUAGCUGUAAUCCUUUAUAUUUUGAUUUUAAGUCAUCGAGAGCAAGUGAAAGCCAAGAAAAGGCCAAGCAUCAACCAGACAUACCUCAUUUGCACCAUAAAACUGAAUCUGAUCAUAUCUUAGUCUCAGAUUUUACAAAAAGACCGACUUCAGAGUGUGGUGAUUAUGAAGUAGAAGUGAAUAGAAAUGUGUGCAACUAUACAAUACCCCUGUUAAGUGAUGUUUCCCUCUUCAGAAAUUGUGACCUUGCAAAAAAUCAAAACAAAGUGUCCUUGGAUGAGUCAUUCAGGAUUAGAAAAAUAGAAAAGUAUCACAUAUCUCAUAACCCCUUACGACAAAGCACUGUGAUAGAUGAGAAAUACAACAAAGUCUGGAUCAAAGAAGGCCAUGAAAAAUGGCUUCACAAAAGCAGAAAACGGAAAAGGAGAAGAAAAUUGUGUCAUUGUCAUUAUCAUCACUGUGGAGACACAACAGUAGCAGAAAUGGAGAUGUCUCCAGUAACUGAAAAAGAAGUUACUUACAGAGAUGAAAAUAAAUAUCAGCACCUCCAAAACAGUGCAGAGAAGUGCAGGCACGAUGCAGGAAAUGUCUGGUUAACUGCAGGCGAGGUGCAGCAGCCACAGCCAAAAUUCAGCAUCGAAAAUGGCCCUAAGAGAGUGGUGUCUGCACCAGAUCACACCCCCUGGGACAGAGGCUGGUGUGACCUUUGGGGUGCAAAGAGCAGUGCCCAUCACCGUGGCUGCAGGGGGGCACACAGGAAGGGCAGAGGGAGCUCCCGGCGGCUGGCCAGGCAGCUGAGCUCCAGGAGGCACAGCCUGAGGCACUCCAGAGCCUGCUGCAGCUGCAAAGGCAGGAGGCCAAGCUGCAGCCCAGAGCAUAAGUGUUUGGGACAGUGCAGGGAGGAGAAGGGGCCGAGCCAAAACCAGCCCACCAAGAGGGGUUACAGUGUCCUGAGGGAAGAACCUGAGAAGCCCCACCGCAAGAGGAGGCAGCACACCUACUCCUCUUCCUCUUCCUCGGAGGAGAGCUCCUGUGGGCAGGCACUGUCAGCAGAGGAAUGUCCAAGGCAAGGACGUGCUUCGGGUGCCCAUCACAAGGCAAAAGGGAAACGCAGGAAAAGGAAGGCCAGGAUCCAUCGUCUCUUCCUUGGCAGGAGCGCAAAAAGUGAGACCUCUGAAUCUUCCAAAGAAAAUUCCGCCGAUUCUGCGCUGAAUAUUUUGGGGGACUUACCGACUCAAGAAAAUCUAGAGGAAACUAGCGCAGCUCCCGGAGACGAUGAUGCAAAAGACAGGGAUGAAACAAUGGAGCUGGAGGAGAGCAAGGCACCUCUAGAAGGUGCUGGCCCGCAGGCGGUGGAAGGUGACAAAGCCACGGCGUGCUCGGGCGCGGAGAGCGUGUUGGCCGCGCUCGCCGAUGGCCCCAGCCCAGCCCCUGCUGCUCCUGCCGCCCCCCAGCAGGGCGCUCCCCGGGAGGGAAAGAAAAAGGAAAACGUCGGCAGUCGCGACAUCCAGGCUCGUUACAAAGUUCCCGUCCCCAAGAGGCACUUGGAACAAGCUCCCCCCAAGUCCUAUCUUUGCCACUACGAGCUGGCCGAGUCUCUGCCGCACGAGAAGAUGGGCGAGGUGGCCGGGGAAUGGCUGCAGUGUAGUCCCGGCAUCUUUAGCAGCCCGCCGCCCUUGCCAUUCAAAGAAGCACACGUAAACACUCACACCUUCCUAACCACCGAGCAGUUAAUAGCCCCCUUCCCCCUGCCCGAGCAGACCCUGCUCUUCCCUCCUGAGAGCCCCGAGAAGUUCAAGGAGCUCCCCUCGGAGGCCUAUCCUCAGCAGCUGGUGCCGCAGGCCGUGCUCUCCGGCAAGGUGAAGCUGGCCCUGGCGCCGCCGCUGCCGCCGCUGCCGCCGCCGCUGCGCUCCGCCUCGGUGACCAGCAUCCAGCACACCGUGCUGCAGCAGCACCAGCAGCUCGUGUCGCAGGUGCCGGCCCUGUCCCGAGCGCAGCCCCUGGCGCAGCUGGCCGUGUCCCCGCGGCUGUGCCCGGCGCUGGUGGCGCCGCCGCCGCUGCCGCUGCUGCCGCCCGCCGUGCUGCCGCCCGCGCCGCUGCCCUUCCCGCCGCUGCCGCACGCCGUCUUCCCGUCCCUGCUGGCCCCGCACCCGGCCGUCAUCCCCCUGCAGCCGCUCUUCUAGGGCAACAAGAAAAAAAAAAGCCUUCGCCCAAACUGCUGUUUCUACAGCCCCCCCCCCGUUCCCCCCAGUUUUAGCUAAACUGGUUAGAAUUCCUUGCUCCUCGGGAAGCAUUUACUGUAAGUAUAAUGAUGCAAGAAACGUUCAGACCUACACUAUUACUGAAGCACUGAAUAGUCUGAUACUAAUUAUGAACUAUAUAAUAUAUAUAUAUAUGUGAAAAUCAUGUCUUAGAAUAUGUAUAAUGUAUAUAAAAUAUAUUUAUAGUUCUAUAACUUAUGUUGUAAAGUAUUCCCUUUUUCGUUUUUUAUCUUUGUGUAUUUGCACCUAUUUAAUGUUUAGACAAAGCUGAUGCACUAUGUUUUGUACUAUGUUCUCUGAAACUGUAAAUCUAGUGACAAACUAUCUCUUGCAAUAAAUUUUUGUUAACUA